CGCGUUUUGCCCAAUUCCAACCCUUUCCUUUCCUCGCAGCGGAGUUGAAUUCACAUAAAUCCGAUUCGCGCCGGCUCGAUUCUCCGUCUUGGAAACGACCAUGGCAAACAUGACAGAAAGCACUCAGCCGUCCACGGCCAACAUAGCCGCUGCAUGCGCCAUUCUGGCUGGUGUAACGGGCUACAUGCUGGGGCAGGCAAAAUCUCUAGGAUUCUUCGGUGGCAGCCCCAUCUCUCAGCCAGCGCGAUCAGAAAAGUCCAAGGCCAACGAGUCGGAAGACGAGUCGAGCGACGAAGAAGACGGCAGCACCCCUGCCGAGUUCCCAGGCCAGGAGGAAUGCAAAAUGGUCUUGGUAGUACGAACAGAUCUGGGCAUGACAAAAGGCAAGAUUGGUGCACAGUGUGGACACGCGACACUGGCAUGCUACAAGCACUUCCUCCGGACGGCACCAGACUCCCAAAUACUGAAGCGUUGGGAAAUAAAGGGCCAAGCGAAGGUUGCGUUGCAAGUCAAGAGCGAAGAAGAGCUAGAGCUGUUGCAGGCGCAAGCACUGAGCCUGGGGCUUGUAGCACACAUUAUUCAUGAUGCGGGACGGACACAGAUUGCGAGUGGAAGUGCGACUGUGCUAGGCAUUGGUCCGGCGCCAAAGAGCGUCAUCGAUCAGGUCACCGGCAAUCUUAAGCUGUUGUAAACAUUUUGUCAUGAAGACCAUAGACUACGGUUUACAGAUGUUGUGAAACGGACUUGGGGACAGCUGCUGUCUAGGCAAAGAAAAAGUCCUGUCAAGGUUACACGCACAGCCGUAUGGAGUAAUCGUGUGCCUGGCAUUCCGCUUUUCGUCGGAGACGAGGAUAACGACGAGGCUGGUUCCUGAGUGACGGGUGCUAUGCAGGCGAACCUGUGAGUAGCCGUCAGGUGGGCGCUGGCUGCUCAACAAAUGCCGGCCGCCAGGUCAGCGUCACGUACGGGAUUCCGUGCCCCUGGACGGAAUCUACUGAUCUUAUGGGAGGUUGCACAACGCCGAAAUCGUACCAGUGAUGAGACAGGCGUAUAGAACGUAUCCCAUGUAGAAGGUCGAGAAGCCUAUAUGGCGGCAAUGUACAUUUGCUUCACAGCAUGCGCAACAGCAGGUGACGUGCAUACACAAUACGAGUGCUUUGGUAAUGG